CUCUGCCAAAGAUGUUGACCACGCCACGGAGGGAAUAUUAACUAAUAUUCUCUCCGGGCUUUCCUACACGGUCAUAUAUUUUGAUGGUUGGAAUGGAUUUGGAGCAUCCGCUGUUCUUAGAUCCAUAGCUGCAGUGCUUCCAUCUAGGAGAACCACUCCGGAACUGUGCUUUGACAAAAUAAUUUAUAUAGAUUGCUCAGAGUGGAAAAACAGAAGAGGAGUGCAGAGGGCAAUUGCAGAGGAAUUGCAAAUCGAUCACUCUGUAAUGGCUAUUCUAGAUAAGCAAGAUGAAGAUGAUGAUUUUCAUGGACAUGAUGAAAGCCUGAGGCAUGAGAUAGAUAGUGUUAGUCAAGUGAUUUAUCGUACCAUGAGGGAUAUCACAUUUGUAAUGAUUUUUCUUAAUGGGGGUGAUGAUGAAAUUGACGUAGGUCUCAUGGGUAUUCCUCUAGGAAGAUAUGACAGCAAGAACAACAGGGUGAUAUGGACCUUCAACAGAAGCUGCCUGAGCAUGCAUCACGACCAUUCCGAGGUAGCAAAAAAGCUAACAUAUACUCAGCUUUUCUGUUAUUGCGAUAUCAAACUAUUGACAAGCUCACAGUUUCUUGGACUGCUACAUCAACAAGCUGCUUCCAUCGUUGCUCGCAACCCCUGUAUGCUGGACAUCAACCCAACAAUUCUUGUAGAUUGCUGUCUCUAUGAGUUAUUCCUGCAUUAUGAUUUCCACACGGCCAGUAAAUUUGAUUGGGUUUCUCAUGAUUCCAACUAUUGGACAUGCGAUGCAAUCAUACAAGGGGACAGAGCAAGGGAUAUUUGUAAUGCAUUCUAUCGAGAGAUAAAUUGGAAGUGUGAUGCUUCUCUGCUUGAGGAUGUUCUUACAGAGUGUAUGAAACAAUUGGAGUGUCCGUUUCUGGUAAUCAAAGAUGAUGAUAUCUAUGAAGAAGGCCCGUACCGUUGGAUUUCAGUCACAUGGAGGAAUACAGAACUUCUUGGUAUGCAAACUAUACCUGCAAUGACAAAAUCUUUCUUCUUGGCCUUUGAAAGAUCUGACCAUCCACAAACUUUACCAAAUGGAUUCUUUGAACAUUCAAGCAAGCUUGGUGUGCUAGUUCUCUGUUGGUGUGCCUUCAGUUUUGCAUCACCCUCUUUCUUGAAGUGCCCUCGACUAAGAUUCCUCGGAUUGGACCACUGUACAGAUAAGAAAACAAUAGGAGACAAUCAUACAGAGUGGUUAUGUUUGUAUAGCUUGUGGGUCCUGGACCUACAAUACACAAACUGGAAUGAAAUCUUAUCCGAAGAAAAGAUGGAUCUCAUGACUAAUGUCAAAGAGCUGAAUAUAGAGGGAGUCAUGGGCUGGCAGUACAUAGCUCACCUACAAUGCCGGUUACUUAACCUCCAGAGGCUCCGAAUAAUCAAACCAACAUGUCAAUGGGAGACAUCGCAGGAUGUUGAUAACUCCUUUACAGAUAAGGCAAGUAUGGAUGCCAUCCGUGGGUGCGCGUGGCAAUGGCGAGAAGAAGCCAGCCGUCGAGAUCGAGAAGGACGUGUGGGACGCUCUGGAGUGGGACGCCGGUCACCGCCCCGACCACUUUGAGGCGCCCAUCCACUCGCGCUACUACAAGGAGAAGUUGCACAGGGUCUCCGUCCUCAGGUGAACUCUGCAUUGUGUUGUUUCCUCCGUCGCUACGUGAAAGUGAUGGACGGGACGCUGCUUCUGGAUCACGCGUUUGGUUUACUUUGUGUGCUUGCUUGGAUUGCUAUUGGCCUUGUUAGGCGCGAGCUUAUGGUGGCUCUCACCAUUUAUUAUAUUGUGGAUUUCAAUAACAGACUGACGGGAAAAACAGCGACUAUCUGUGUUGGUUGCUGUCAAAUUUGUGCAAGUACAUUAUUACGUCGACACUAGCUAGCUAGUGAUUAGGAAUGCAGCGAUCACAUGUUUUGGUUUUACUGACAACGA